ACCAAACUCUUGCUCUCACCUCAGGUUUAGGGUUAUGGAUGCUCCGAGGACUCAAGACGAUUGAUCCCCCGGAAGUUGAAGGCAAUGGAAUGGGGGCAAAGAGACCGUGAAAUUGCCCUGUCUUAGAACUGAGGACUUGCUCCGAUGGAAAAGACUUCACUGGAUUCAGAGGGGGCCCGUUACUGAAUGAAUGUCGGGUACUGAGGUGGUGAUAUGCUGUGGAAGAAGAUCGGGGGCUGAAGAGCUGAGGACUUGAAUCGAAGCUCCGAGUUCUCAAGUCCGCUCCACCGUUAAGGGCGUCCCGCCGAGGGUUUUAGCGCAGGCAAUUUUACAAAGUGGAGAUGCCAUGUUUCACAUUGCAGCCAUCAACGAUGUGGACACCUCUCGGGACUUCUCAGAACCCCUGGCUCCCACAAAAGAAGCCCAGGAGUCUCGACUAACGCAAAUGUAUGGAGAGGCACUGUCACAUUUGCAACAUGGUCAAAUUGAGAAAGCGCAGAGUCUUUUCCAGAGUAUAUUGCAAGACCCUAUCUCUAUCAAGGCUCAGGUCGAACCGGUGUCGAGUGCCAAUACCAUGCUUCAAUUGCGGUACUCGGCCCUGAAGAAUCUUGCAGAAACUUUCUCAAUGCAGGGUAGUGGCCACCAUGUCGAAGCUGUGGAUUGCUUUCUACAAGCAGCCGCUAUUGACGGAAAGGAUGUGGUUCUAUGGAAUCGGCUUGGUACUCUGUCAUGCGCUCUUGGCAACCUAAAUGUCGCUCGUCGAGCAUUUGAGGAGGGUUUGCGUUGCAGCCCACGCCAUUGGAGUUGUAUGGAGAAGCUAGUAGAGAUUCUUAUUGCUGUAGGAGAUGAGUCAGCAUGUCUCUCCGUAGCUAAGCGGUUGCUGAAGCUGUCGCCAUCUCACCCUAGAGCUUUGCAGAUUCAGCAUGCCAUUGAACAAGGGGUUAGUAUGCGUCCAUUUGAUGGCCCCAAAAGUGGACAUGAGACUUCCUCUGUUCUAAAAAUAGGUCCUAGAGGAUUUGACCUGCUUCAACCAGAGUACUUUGGCCUUUCCUUCGACAAUAAGCGAAAGCUGGAAAAUGCGUAUGAAACAGUGCAGCAUCAGAAGAAAAGGAAGGUCCACAGCAUUGAUGUACAUCUCCCAGAGGCUUCUUGGUUUGCACUCGUGAAUGCAGUGACUGACGUUCUCAAGGGGGGUAGAUUUUGGAAGGACGACGAGCCGUCACUCAACACUCAAAUAGUAGUUUCGCCAGGAGGAAACCAGUCUGAACAACAAAAGGCUGCAUCUGCUGGCAUUUCAGCUGGACUUGUUAAUGCCACAGUGAAGUUCUCAGUCCAUAAAAGCCACCCAAUCAUUGUGGACCUCAACAGUGAGUAUAAAGAGCAGGUAGCAGGUGAAGAGGCAGAGCUUAUAAGCGAGGAUUGCCUCAACAGCUCUUCUACUAAGACAUCGGAGGAAGUAAGUAGAGAAGGAUUGGGAGUGGCCCCGGUUCUAGCUGAACCGAGGGUUGAGUCAGCCUCAGAGAACCGUGCGGAAGGACACAAGGACGUAGAGAAUGCUUCCGUACAUCAGAAACAACAGGGUACAGGGGAGAAACAGGAAGCUUCUAAAUUACCCGAUUUAAUGAAGCCAUCAGAUCCAACGACUGAGUGGGAUCAACCAUCACAGGAACGUCGUAGUACUCGGCUUGAGAAACUGCGUAGCUGUCGGAGGCUUGACAAGGAGGGAGAAGGAUUUAGCCACAGCAGCGAUCCUGCAAGAGCAUUGAAGAAGGCUUUGGAGCCAUUCGUGAUUUAUAUAUUGGAUCCUUCAACCAAUGUAACUGAGGAGUCUCUUUCGGCAGUGAAUCCCAAGUCCAUUAGUGGUUCCAAUAAGUCUGCCCAAGCAGAGGGUCAGCAAAUAAGGGAUGGUGGACAAUGUAUCAAAGGGGAAGAGGAGAAAGCAGUGCUUCGAUUUUUGAAUGAGGUUGCAAGCAAUAGCGGUAUCUUCCACGUAGCACAACAGCUUCUAGAAAGAGUAGUGGCUUCCGGUCCGAGUCAAAGAAAAUCUUUGUCAUGGUUACUUUUCCUUGAGAAAUUGACACGAAUGUGGGCAGCUGAACGGAGUGCUGCGUGCAGCCUGUUUCUUGCUGAAGUAUACAUGGAUAUGGCUACUUCAGCUACGAACGAUACAACUGCUUCUAAGUGUUUUCAUGAUUGUAAUUACAACGUAUGUCGUCUUAUAGAAAAUGCCACCUCCCGUGGAACGGAUGAUAAAGAAAGGAUGGCAUCUGCAGGCGUCGAUUCAAAUCUGGGCAGUAAUGGAGUCACCGAAAAGAGUGAAGUUGAUUCCAUGGAAAUUGCCUCAGGACGGGUGGAGUUCACGAAUUGCCUUCAGGAUCUUCUCACGAGUGUACAGUUUCCUACCAACAGCAAGCUCUCUAGCAAUCUGAGUCCCAUCGACUUGUCUCCUCUGGAUGUGAGGUAUGAUUGGUCAUUUUGGGCUCGAUUUCAUUGGUUGAGUGGCAGGCUAUGGGUUCAUUCAGGCCAGUGGGAGCAGGCGCAUAGAGAAUUUGAAAGAUGUCAAAGCAUUCUGGAAUAUCACGAACGCACUGGUUCUUGUGCACUUAUCUUUCUGCCUCAUUGUAAGCUGGAUAAAGAAAUAUCUUUAGACCGUGUGCAUGGAAAGCUUCACGAAUUGCGGGUGGAGAACAUUUUGAAACAUUCGGCAGCCAAAUUGUUAGAAAAGGGCCAGUAUGAAGAUCUUAUUCGUUUACUUAAACCAGUAUUACUAGGAGGAAAUGAUCGGUCCUCAAACAUAUCAACCUCGGGCAGCGACGAUCCUAAGAGAGGUGAUGCUUCAGUAUCUUCUCACGAAUUGAAAGGGCUGGAGAUGCUAAUUACAGCAUGCGAAAACAUAAAACCUCCGAACCUUGUUCUCGGUCUUCAAUGCCGUGAGCUGAGGCUUAGACUUUUAAGUCGUGCAGCUGGGUUAGCAGAGGUGAAGAUUGGAGAUGAUAAUGAUAGUUCUUUCACGACCUUGGACACGGAAGUGGAUGUAACACAAGCUACUCCAAGUGGGCCUUGGAGCAAACUUGUUGCGGAGGAAAUCCAUCACAUCUCCCAUGGCGCAGCUCUUUUAAGUGAGAAACUGGAGGGACCGGAGGGAUACAAGUCACUUUCGCCGGUGUUAGGACGUACUCAGUUGCUCCUGCUCACAUUGAUGUGCCACUUUGUACAAACGCUGUCACACCGCAAGGGUAACACUGGAGUGGCGAAUCUUAGUCUGAAUACCCAAGCGUAUAGUAGCUGCUUUGUAGAUGCCGCCAUUGCAUUUUGCCGUUUGCAGCAUCUGCAGCCUUCGGUUCCGUUGGAACACCAGGUAACUCUGUUGGUUACUCUCCAUGACGUGCUGGCAGAAUAUGGACUGUGUUGCGCUGGAAAAGAUUCUGAAGGUGGAGAGGGUGGAUUCCUCAAGAUGAGCAUCAAGCAUCUUGGAGCACUUGAGUCUCGUCUGAAGCCUCAAAACGUAAACAAGUCUCCUGCCAAGGCACAGAUCAAUGAGCCGAUUGAGAAAGAGAUUGUGAUUGACGACGAUGUUAUGAUCAUUGAGAAAUCGAGUUCUCGUCCAAUAGAAUCGAGCGAAGUUGCCGAUAAAGAGAAAUCUGGCAAUGAUAGCAAAGGUAUCUCACUCGUCGAUGAGAACCAUGAGGAAGAGGCAAUGGACAUCGAAAAGAAACGGGAAGAACUUGGUAUAGAUUACGCACUUGACCAAAGUUUCUUUUGCCUCUAUGGACUGAAUUUGCGUGGAGAGGCUACGGGUCCUGAUGGCCUUAUGGAGCAUCAGAACACUAAUCGAGGCGAUUACAAGACAAUGGAACAAUGUGCUGGCGUCUUGCAGUAUAUACUACCUUACGCAAAGGCUUGCUCGAGAGCUGGUUUGAUGAAGCUAAAGAAAGUACUGCGUGCAAUUCACAAGCAAUUUUCCUGUCCCCCACCAGAUGUUCUGUCUGAGAAGUCAGUGGACAUGUAUUUAGAAGAUCCAGAUUUCGAUGAAGACAAACUGCGGGAUAUGGUAAAAUCUGGUACGAGUGCCGAGCUGGUUGUAAAUUUUGCCCUCCAUUCAAAGAGACGCGAGGGCUUUGCGUCCUCGAAAUCAAGUUCUUUGGUGAAAAUUGAAUGUGAGACUCCAGCUACUUCCAAGGCUUCCUCUGCGUCACCUUCAUGCAAAGUGCCUGAAAGGUCUCUUCCAGGGGCAAGUGCUGAAAAAGAGAGCGUUUCUUACACCAACGUUUAUGAAAACUUAUACUACCUUGUCGCUCAGAUCGAGGACAUGAGUGCUAGUGAUAAGUGGCCAGGUUUCGUGCUCACAAAAGAAGGCGAGGAGUUUGUUCAAACAAAUGCGAACUACUUUAAGUAUGACCUUUGUUACAACCCAUUGCGGUUCGAGAGUUGGUUGAAGUUGGCGAAGAUUUUGGACGAGGAAGUCGAUCUGCUUUUGAAUGAUGGAAGUAAGAAUAUUAACGUGGUAGAAUGGCGAAAAACCGGAAUUUUAGCAUCUCGUGUGGAAUUAAGCCGUCGUCAAAGCAGACGGAGUUUGCUUAUGGCUCUUGCUCUUGCUGUUACUCCUGAUCAAAAGAGUGAAGUAAACGAGCUGCUGGCCCUGGUGUACUAUGACUCUAUUCAGAAUGUAGUGCCCUCGUAUGAUCAAAGGCGGCACGUUCCUGUCCACGAUGCGUCUUGGAUUGCAGCCUGUCAAAAUUCUUUUGCCCAUUUCGAAGUUGCUUAUUCUUACAAGCCGCACUGGACUCAUGUAUUUUAUUGUGGAAAACUAGUCGAGAAAUUGGAGCAGCCACAUAGUGUAUCUCUUGCCUACUACAAAAAAGGGAUAGACAUGAAUCCAACAGCCGUUGACCCACUCUAUCGCCUUCAUGCAUCUCGUUUUAAGCUAUUGUGUUGUAGUAGACACAGUGACAAAAAUAUUCUUCAGGUUGUUGGACAAUAUUGUUUUCUUCCCUCUACUUUGGACAAAGUGGAGAAUAUCUGUAAAGCUGCCGUUGGGGUUCUUCCUGAUACAUCGGGUCCAGUAGGAGAAUUUGUGGUUGUGUCUGGUGAGGGUAGUGUACGAGAUGGCGCCGACUCACAAGUUGCAGUGACGGGAAAGGCAACCGCAAAGUUCACGAUUACAGAUUUAAAGGAGGAUGUUGACAAGGAACUUCUGAACCAGGUCUGGAAUACUCUCUUCGAUGACUGUGCAGCAGCGUUACAAUCAUGCUUUGACGGCGAACUCAAACAUUUUCACAAGGCUAGGUAUCGGUUGGCGCUGGGCUUGCAUUGCCGGGGUGAGGAUCAUGAUUUAGAGAGGGCCAAGGAAGAACUUGCAUUUUGCUUCAAGACUCACAGAUCCUUGUUCACUAUCAAUAUGUGGGAAAUCGAUGAAAGUCACUUGCGAAAGUCCAGGAAGAAACCAGCACAUCAACGAGUUUUGGAACUGGGGAUGCCUGAGAGCUCUCGCAAAUUCAUCUCCUGUGUACGGAAGUAUCUGAUUUUCUACUUGACCUUGUGUGAAGAAGCUGAAGAUCUGGGCACCCUGGAGCGGGCUUACACAUGCCUGAAAGCUGAUAGGAAGUUUUCUUUGUGCUUGGAGGACAUCUCUCGUGUAGCACUGGGAAAGUACAUUCUAGCUCUAGCCCGAGCAAUUUGCCAAACAGAUUCCGAAGGAUCUACCUCUCAGACGCUCUUGCACCCUCUUUUAGAGAAAAUGUUCAACUUGUACAUGGACUUUGGGAUCUCAUGGUCAGAUUCUGCCGGCUUAAGCUUGGCAGAAGCAGGAAUUAUGAAUUCGCCAGAAGUUGCUGAAAGUGCUAUAUACAGUUACACUCAUCGUUAUAUUCAACUACUCGAGGCUGACAAGCGUGUGGAUGCUCUAGAAGUUGUGAACGAGCGCAUCAGGAAACGGUUUAAGAAUCCUAAGUUAGUCGGUGCACAAUCUGGACAAGUUUGCAAGCAUGCUUCCUUUGCUUGGUGUCGUGCCCUAUGCACUGCCCUUUGUUCCAUCACUACCAUCUCACAAGACACUGUUCUGAAAAAACCUUGGAGUAUUGAUCAAGGACUAGAGGAAAGAAAGGAUCAAGAACAACUUCUUAUUGUUGAUUUGCAGGAUGAAUUUAUGGCAACAAGCUCUUAUGAAAUGCACACUCUUCCAACACUUAGCCAGCAUCCUUUGGUACCUACAGAUGGACUUGCGCUUGGAGCUGAAACAUCGAUGUCAACGGUUGGCACUAGCACCUCACCAACUCUUAGUGGAUCAUAUUCUCUGAUUAAGAGUAUGAAGAAUGUGUUGGUUAAGCAAGCAAGUACCGAAAAUUUGGAUAAGGCGACUGCACUGCUGCGUUCUGCUUAUGUCUUCUACAGAGACAGCUUCUCUGGACCAUUUCCCAGUGGAAUAAACCUAUACCUUUUGCACCCUAGCAAAAUGCCCAGUCGAGGAGAAGGGUCAACCUCAACGUUGUCUGGAGGAUCACAGGCUGGAUGUGAAACCCUGGAUAUAAGCACUCCUAGAAAACUGCUCAUGUGGGCUUUUACUCUUGUACAUGGGCGCACCGGUGUUGUUGCAGAAGCUGUAAAAUACUGCGAGGAGCAAGCUAAGCCUCGUCUUAAAAAGGGCCCUUCCUCUCUCUCGCAAGGUUCUGCUGCUGCUGCUGCUGCUGCCGUAACUAUACCAAUCUCUUCUGGUAUACAAGAGAAGACGGUCACAACCGAAAAAACCAAUAUCUCGUUGAGCAAACAUCUGGUGUCGCAGUCACCUCUUCCUGCUGAGGCAGAUCGAAGUUGGGCACCUAUGGAUGUGGAUCCUCCAACAGCACCCGCAUCUGCAGUCUCACCGCCAGCUCUAACACCUCACGAAGGGCAUGCUGGACCUGUGUAUGCUGCCACUGCAAUUGGUGGAAGUGUACAAAACACUGUUGCAAAUGUGACACUUUCUCCCAGACCCCUGAGUACGAAUCCAAGUCCUUCGGGUCUAGCGAAAGAAACCUAAUGAUUUAUGAAGAUGAGAUACAUUAAAGGGAGACCAGAGGAUGUCGCAAAUUCCAGUUUGGUACAGGGGAACUGGGUAACCUGAUCGUAGACUAGCAAGGCAGAGAAUUGUAAUCGUCUAAUGCAUUAGGAAGUUCCAGCCUUAAGGAGGGUUGCGUAACACUUGGCGGAUCUUUGAGAAUCUCCAAGAGAUGUGAAGACUACUGUGGACAUGUAAGGUGUUCUCUAACACACAUUAGUUGUUCAAAACUGAAUUGGCUAGUUGCAGUUUAGGUGCAAUUGUUAAGACCCCUGUACACGUCCAAAGAAAUAGCCAGAAUUUGCACACAAGUGAUUGUGUGAUUAGGUGCUCAGAGGUAUUGAUACGUUUCCAGACGAACAUCUUUGUCGAUAUAAUUUGUACGAUAAACUCAUUAGUUGAAACCAGUUUGUCAGUAAAUAUGUUUGUUCUUUGCCAAGCAA